AUGCCAAGAAUAAUGCGACGUCCCAUUCCACCGGUUGCAUAUAAACCAUCCGAACCUUCCAAGUUCUCCUUCGCUCUCAGUGAAGCAGAUCAAGCUGAUGAACAAAUUACGACUAAUGCCGGUGAAUCACCGUUGGCGGACGAUUCACAAUCGCAACAACAGAACUUGAAUUCGGAACAAUUACAACAGUUGUUUUCUCGAGCCAGUUCUCAAUUGGUGACACAAUCCGAUGAUCAACAGGAAUUUUUCAAACGUGAUGCAUCAAUUAAAGCACCGAAAACAGGUCAGAUCAUCCAAGCACCAUUUCCGCCACCUGCUGAAGAUCGUAAAGAGUGCGGUGAUAUCGAUCCUGAACAAUUAAAACAAUUAGCUCAACAAGAAGCAGGUCCGCUCAUUAUCGAACGAUAUUCUCCGACUGAAACUGAAAUAAAUUAUUCACUAGCAACAGCUACGAUCACGUUCAAUCAGCCGAUGAUCGCCGUCUCUACACUGGAUGAAAACGCGAAUGUAGAAAAUCUUGGUAUAUCAUUGACACCGAAUGUCGAAGGUCGAUGGCGAUGGACAGGUACGAAAACGGUUCAAUUUGAAGCGAAACAUCGUUUACCAUUUGCAACAAAGUACACAUUACAGGUCAAGAAAGACAAAUGUGUAUCAGCAAUCGGUGGAAAAUUAGCGGAUGAACUCUCAUUCGAAUUUGCUACAACGCCACCAAGUGUUGUUCAAUUCACACCAUAUGGUACAGUCGCAACAUUAAAGCCGACGUGUUGUUUAUUAUUCGAUCAAAAGAUUGACCAAAAUCAAAUCCUGCAACAUUUACGCGUAGUCAGCAAUGAUGAAUGUGAAAUAGCAAACAAUGAUUUGGAAUUGUUGGACGAAGCCGCAGGAAAAAAAGCACUGGAAGGAUUUUUUCUUUCCGAUGAAGGAAUCAGUGGGAGAUCUGUUACAUUUACAUUCAAAAAUGAUCUAUCAAAAGCGACACAAUAUUUUGUUAAAGUACCUGCAGGCUGUCCAUCAGCUGAGGGUCCAUUAAAAAGUACAACAGAAUGGUCAAACAGUUUUCAAACAUAUGAGCCUCUGAAAAUUACUGCUUGGUAUCCGAAUAAGAACGAACAAUACCAAUCAUCGACUAACCCUGGUAAUAGCUGGUCAGUAACAUUCAACAACUCAUUGGAUCAUUCAACAAUUAAUAAAUCGAUCUUUAAAGUUGAACCAGAAGUCACUGGUCUAGGUAUUGAACAUGUCGAGUAUAAUGAUCAACAAAUAACUAUACAUAAUAAUUCCAAGCCAAAUACUGUUUACACAUUGACCAUUCAACCAGAUGUCUUAAAAGACAUUCACGGUCAAACAUUAGAGCAUGAUUUUGCUGCACAACCUAUUGAGUUUCAUGUACACGAUUCACCACCACCACAAGGUCAUCUAGCAGGCGCUACAGGUAUGAUUAUCAUGGAUCCUGGUGUAUUAGAUGACCCAUUUUAUCCACUUAUGAUUUAUAAUUAUUCGGAAGUAACACUUCGUGUUAAUCGAGUCGAACCAACAGAUUAUCGACAAGAGUUACCGUGUUUCCAACCCUAUUCAUAUGAAGAUGGAAAACAAGUAGCAAAUAUUCAUUUACCCGGAAAAGAAUUAGUCAAUGAAACAAUACAAACGAAUUGCGAACGUGAUGAACCAAAAGAAAUGAAAAUUCCAUUAAAAUCUUAUCUAGCACAAGAAUCAGGUGUUGGUCAACUAAUCAUUUUGAUCACACCAACACAAAAAGCUUGGAAUGAAUAUCCACAUAAUGAAUGGGAAGAAAAACCGGUCAUAUCGGCUUGGUUACAAUGUACUCGAUUAGCGAUCGAUGUGUUUCAUUCAUCAGCACGUGGUGGCACAAGUGUUCGAUUCACAACGUGGAUAACCGACUUAAUGACUGGUGUGCCUGUUCAACAAGCAACUGUUUCCAUAUCAAAUCAGAAAGGUGAAACAAAUCAACAAGGAUUGUGCACCAUCCUCCAGAAUAUUGCGGAGGAAAACAACCAAGGAAAAAUGUUGAUAGCACAAAAAGGUGAAGAUUUAUGUAUGUUACCCGACAUCUAUUCUUAUGCUUCAAAUGUGAAUACUUAUGUUUGGCACGUAUUCAAUGAUCGAGGAUUAUACAAACCAAAAGAAGAAGUGCAUAUCAAAGGAUAUGUUCGAUACUUGGCAGUGAAAGGCGAUGCUAAACUACCAACUUAUGCACAAGGUGUUAUCGAUUAUACGGUUCAUGAUCCUCGUGGUCAACAACUUCAAGAAUCCAAAGUUGAAUUGAAUAAUUACGGUGCAUUCGAUAUCAAAUUUACUUUGCCUGACAAUAUUAAUUUAGGUGAAGGAUGGGUAACAUUUAAUUUACCAAGUUCACAAACUCAAACAACACAUUCUUUUAAAAUCCAAGAAUUUCGUCGACCAGAAUAUGAAGUUUCAUCAUCGACUCGACCAACAACAGUUCAUUAUUCUCAUCCAACUAAUGAUCAAUACGUCAUUGCAAGUUGUCAAGGAAAAUUGUUUGCUGGAGGUUUCUUAAGUGACGCCAAUGUUCAAUGGAACGUCAGUGCUGAAACAACAACAUUUACACCACCGAAUCGAUCUGACUAUACGUUUGGUAGAGCUCGACCAUUCUUCUGUUGGUUUGGUAAUAACGAUGACAAGAAAAUAAGGUAUCCCGCACAAUACUUCUAUGGUAAAACCGAUAGUCGAGGUGCACAUGAAGUGAAAAUCACGUAUCAUGGCAUUGAAACUGAACCAAGACCAACGAUGGUUCGUGCAUUAGCAGCAAUUACGGAUUUGAAUAAUCAAACACAAGAAACACAAACACAAUUUCUUAUUCAUCCAUCGACAUACUAUGUUGGAUUUCAAAUGACAACGAAUUAUGGUAAAAAAGAUCAACCCAUACAGAGCAAAGUUAUUGUUACAGAUAUCGAUGGAAAUUUAAUUGAUAAUGUUUCCGUUGAAUGUAAAAUUGUCGGUACCGGAAAAGAAAGAAAAGAAGAUGCAAGUGGUCUAACCAUUUAUGAAGAAAUCAAAGAUGAACAACAAAUUACAAAUGUCAGUUCCAACAAAGAUGCUAUUACUAUAGAAUUUACACCAAAACUAGGUGGUCAAUACAACAUCACGUUUACUGUCAAGGAUGAACAAGGACGGUCAGCAAUGAGCUUCUAUGAGAACCUCUAUGUUACUGGUGGUGCUGGAAAAGAACUUCAACAACAAAAAGUUGAAUAUAUUCCAACAGACACCUUGACGAUUAUACCCAAUGCAACAAAUUACCAAGCAGGUGACAAAUGCGAAUUACUAGUCUUAGCACCAUUUAGUCCGGCUGCUGGUCUAGUCUUAUUCGAUUGUGAAGGUGAAGUUUCACAACCAGUACAAUUUCAAGUCGAAUCUGGAAGAGAUUCGGCAACAGUUGAAUUUCAAAUAUCACAAGAUUGGAUUCCAGGAUUUACCGCAAACGUUGAAUUAACAGGCUCACUUCCAAGAGAUACAGAAGAAUCCGAAGGACCUAAUCGUCCAGCUAUUGCUGUUGGUUCGGUUGCAUUGGAAGUUUCCCGAGAUGUCUACAAAUUAAAUGUUUCAGUGAAUACAAAAGAUGAACAGAAAACUUUUACUCCAUCAUCAACUAUUCAUAUUGAUGUCGACAUCACACAAUUCGGAGGUAAAACACCCACAAACACAGUUGAAGUUUGUCUGGUUGUCGUUGACGAAGCGAUUUUGUCACUAACCGAUUACAAAUUAUCGAGUCCAUUAGACGUAUUCUAUCCAAAUCGAUCAACAGCUAUUUCACAGCAGCAUGGCAGAGACCGUUGUUUAUUAUUCAAUAUGCAAGAUAUACAACAAUUCAAAAAGCAAAUGCAACAAAGUAUGAGUCGAGGUAUGGUUGCAGAAUCAUGUAUGAUGAAGCAUUGCUGCUAUGCGGCACCGAUGGCGUGUUGUUGUAUGGAUCGUUGCAGCAGUCGCGGCGGCGGUGGUGGUGGUGUUGCUGACCAAUCAAUAGCAGUUCGAUCAAAUUUCAAUCCAUUGGCAUGUUGGGUACCGUCAGCAUCCACAGACUCAUCAGGACAUGUUUCAUUCGACUUUAAACUACCUGAUAAUCUCACGCGUUAUCGUGUAUGGGCUAUUGCAACAAAUGAACAACAGUAUGGUUUAGGUGAAAUGGCAUUUACUGUACAAUUGCCAGUUAUGAUACGUCCUUCACCACCACGAUUUCUCAACUAUGGUGAUACAGCUAAAUUUUCAGUUGUUCUACAAAAUCAAACUGAUCAACUAUUAUCAUUACAUGCUGGUCUAAAAGCAGCCAAUGCCAAACUAAUUACGUCAGAAACCAACCAACAAUUUGCUGGUUAUGCUGUUCAACUGAAACCGAAUAAACGAGCAGCUGUCGUAUUUCCCCUGUCAACAGUCGAUGCAGGCACUGCACGUUUUCAAUUCAUUGUUAGUACAAUUCCGAGUGAGAAUCAAGCGCCAUUCGGUGAUGCUAUUGAAUUAAGUGUACCCGUUUUUACACCGGCAACAUCAGAAGCAUUUGCAACGUAUGGUGAUGUCAGCGAAGAAAACGUUGUUUUUCAACCGAUCAAAACACCCGAAAAUGUAAUUCCACAAUUCGGUGAAUUAUCAGUUUCAACAAGUUCAACAGCAUUAGCAUCAUUAACAGAUGCCAUUAUUUCAUUGUAUACAUAUCCAUACGAAUGUACAGAACAAUUGAGUUCAAGACUAUUGGGUGUGCAUGCAUUGUGGGAUGUUCUACAAGCAUUUCAAUGCAAAGAUUUACCACAAACAACUGAAAUAGCAACAAAAUUACAAUCCGAUAUGAACACAUUGAAAGGUCGUCAAUAUCCAAAUGGUGGAUUUGAUUAUUGGACAAAUCGAAUUGAUCGUUUUGCCGAUCCAUUUGUCAGCAUACACGUCGCUCAUUGUUUAGUUGUCGUCACGAAAAAACAGGUAUGUGAUGUCGAUGCAAAUAUGUUGAGCAAUGCUCUUCAAUAUUUAAGUCAUAUUGAAUCGGAAAUAAAUGAAUUGUCAUACACAAAAUAUUGGAGUGAAGCGACUAAAUUCAGUUUGAUGAGUUAUGCAUUGUAUGUACGCGCAAAAAAUGGACAAAAUGUCGCCGAUGAAGCUGUGAAACUAUUCGAACGAAGUGGUCUUAAAAAACUUAGUUUAGAAGCAUUAGGUUGGCUUUUAGUUGCAUUAUCAACCGAACAAAAUAAGCAAGCAACUGCAUUGAUUGAUUCGAUUUAUAAACAUCUUAAAGGAAAAGUGAGUGAAACUGCUGAAACAGCCAAUUUCAUCACAUCGUAUGGUGAUGAUGGUCAAUCAGUUAUGUUGCAUUCGAAUCAACGAACAGAUGCCAUUCUGUUGGAAGCAUUAUUGCACAUCGAUCCACAAUCAACACUUUGUACAAAAAUAUGCAAAGGUCUCCAAGCACAUAAAGUCAAAGGUGCAUGGAAAUCGACACAGGAAAAUUGUUUCGUUUUGAUUGCAUUAGACAAAUAUUUUCAUAUCAAAGAAAAAGAUACACCAGAUUUCGUUGCAAAGAUUUGGCUUGAUAAUGAUUAUUGUGGUCAACAUCAAUACAAAGGUCGAACAACAAACACAACGACAGUCGAUAUUCCAAUGAAAGUUGUUCUUUCUCAAUCAAAUGAUAAGAAUCUAAUCAUGCAGAAAGAUGGUUCAGGUCGAUUAUAUUAUCGUAUUGCAUUGAAUUAUGCACCCUCAAGUUUACAAUUAAAUGCUGCCAAUUAUGGUUUUAAGAUUGAACGUACUUACGUAGGUGUUGAUGAUCCAUCACAUGUUCAAAAACAAGAAGAUAACACAUGGAAAUUCAAAUUAGGUGAGAAAGUUAAAGUUGUAUUAACAAUGGCAACAACACAACGACGAUAUCACAUUGCAUUAGUGGAUUAUUUACCAGCUGGAUGUGAAGCAUUGAAUACUCAAUUGAAAGGUACAAUAACCGGUGAUACAGAAUCAUCUGUAACAAGAUCAGAUCCAAGUAGAUAUUAUUCAAAUUAUAUUCUCGGUUGGACUGAACAUGAAAACUUACGUGAUGAACGUGCUGAAGCAUUUCGAUCAUUAUUAUGGCCCGGUGUUUAUCAAUGGAGUUACAUUAUGCGUGCAACAUGUGCUGGAACAUUUAUCAUGCCACCAGCAAAAGCAGAAGAAAUGUAUUCACCAGAAAAUUUCGGUCGAUCAGCAACAGAAAAAGCUAUUAUUAAUUGA